AUGAAAAGUAAUUGUCAAAUGAAAUAUGAUUAGAUUAUGCUGAUUUAUUUAUGAACUAAGCAAAAGGAGUAACAGAAGAAGAUAAACUAAUUGGAUUAUUGAAUUAAAUCUAAGAUCAAAUAUUUACCUAAAUCUCCAAUGAUGUUAAUAAUAAACUAAUUAAAGAAUUACAAAAAAAUGCCAAUUUAACAUAAACAACCUAAUAGCCUGAAUUUCUUAGAGUCACUCCUAAUAUUGAUACUGAUUAUAUGCAUUCUCAUAUCAACUUUGCUAAAUCCAUUUAAUCAAAUCAACCUAUGGAUAGAUAAAAAUUUGAAUAAUUUGAGAAUAAAGAAGUAGUUAACUUUCCAAUUUAUCAAUCAAAUUACUUAGAUGUCAAUGCCAAUGCAAAGUUCUACUAUCCAAAGACUUAACCUAAGGGUUUAAUUGAAACUCCUAAAUAAUAUGUAGAUUAAACCAAUGUUCAGAACUACCUCAUUAAUCAAACCAAAAUUUAUGAUUUCAAUCAACCUGAAAUUAAAGUAUCUCAUUUAUUCAUCCAAGCAAAUAUUUCCUAGAAAUUUAGUAGACAAUAUGAUACCUACACACCCUGAACCUGAUUAUGUAAAAUAACAAGAAUCAAAAUUUAAUUUCUCCUCUUAAAUCAAUUAAAUGGGUGGCCUAAUCAAUACUAUAGGACGUAUUUCAUAAUCUGUUAUCAAUUUAGCUAUGAAUCAGUCCUUAAAGCAAAAUGAAUAAAGAUUAUUCUUAAACACUCCUGAGCAUUCCCUAUUAGCAGGAGCUUUAUAGGAAAAAAUAAAUCAUGUUCCUCCUCCUUUUGUUCCUGUCCCUGCUCCUCCACCUCCAGAUCCUUUUCUUACUAACCCCUAAUAUAGACUUUAUGGAGUAUAACAAGAACCACCUUAAUUUAAUGUUUAAAGUUAUAUUCCAGAAAAAUCAUAAAUUUAACCUAGUAAAUUGACAGCAAAUUCUAAUAUUCAAUAAGUUCCUUUAGAAAAACAAGAAUUCCAAGAAAUUAGUAGAGUUCAAUCAAAAGUACAGGAAGAAGUAAAGCUAAACUUUUUGGAUAGGGCUAGGUAAGAGAGAAAAAGAAGAGAAGAAAAAUUGAUCUAGUGA